GGGGCUCCGGGGAGGUGACGGCGGCUGCGGGUUGGCGUCUAGGAGGCCGAGCGCGUCGCUAGGAUGAACGCUCCUCCGGCCUUCGAGUCGUUCUUGCUCUUCGAGGGCGAGAAGAAAAUCACCAUUAACAAGGACACUAAGGUGCCCAAUGCUUGCUUGUUCACCAUCAACAAAGAAGACCACACUCUGGGGAACAUCAUUAAAUCCCAGCUGCUGAAGGACCCACAGGUGCUGUUUGCCGGCUACAAAGUCCCUCACCCCUUAGAGCACAAGAUCAUCAUUCGUGUGCAGACCACCCCAGACUACAGUCCCCAGGAGGCCUUCACCAAUGCCAUCACAGACCUCAUCAGUGAGCUCUCCCUUCUGGAGGAACGAUUCCGGGUGGCCAUCAAGGACAAGCAGGAAGGAAUCGAGUAGCGGCAAAGAGGAGCAUUGCUUAAUGGCUGUAAGGCUGGUACAACAUCCUCAGGGCCCUUCUCCGUAACCCAUGACGACAGCCUCACUCAGCUCUCUGCAGCUGGAUGUGCCCUGUUCUGUACAUAGACUGUUAUUUUCCUAAUAAAGUAUAGCAGGAAAAGAGCCACAAGCACCAGA